CCGCCCCGCCUCGGCACCGCCCCGGUGCCGCCGGCGGAGCCAGCGCGGAUCGGCCCAGCAUGGAGGGGACGCGGCGCGCCCUGCUCCGCCUCGCCGCUGCUUGCUGCCUGCUCUGCGCCCUGCCAGGAGAGGGUCAGAAGACAGCAGAGGUGACACCACCUUUUCUUAGCACAGCGCCAACCUCGCAUCAGCCAAGGGAAGCCUCUGCCUUCACUGCAGUGACUGCUGCCAUUCCCGAGACAAGCCUGGAGAAAAACUUGACUGCUGCCACACUCAAUGCCACUGGAACCCACGCUACAGAGAUGGAGGACGCCUCCAUCCCUACCACCCCCAUGGUGGGCACCCAGGCAGAGACACUGCAGGCUUCCACCACUGCCAGCACCGAGGACAUCACCAUUACACAGCAUGAGCACCACAACAUGAUCUUGUCAGUCAACAGCAGCACUGAAAUCCUCUCCCCUAUCCCAACUGCCAGCACUCCGGAAGAAAACCAGCCCCACCACGAGGUCCCUGAGCCUUUCAACACAACUGAAGAAAUGGAGGAGGCCAGUAGCACAACCCCCACGCCUCCCCUGAGCAGUGUGACAGCAAUAAGUAACAGCUCUCAGCCUUUUGGUGGGCAGACCGUGGGACCCACAGCAGCAAGGUCCGAAACCAGCCCAGGAAUGAGCCCUGUGGGUGCCACAGAGGAGAACACCACAGAGCCCAGAACCUCCUCUGCUCCCAUCUCAACCACAGGGAGCAUGUCCUCUGCUACUGCCUCCAGUACUGUGACAGUGAGACCCCUUGUGACCAGCUCCACGUACGCUAGCGCAGCUGCCAUCCCCACCAGCACACCUACACUGGAGCAGGCAUUAGAGCCCAUGCAUGAGAAAGCUUCUGUAUUGGAUGUUGGUGAUGAUGAAAAUCCAGAGCUACCCAGUUCCCCUUUGGCUGAUACAACAAAGACUGAUCCCUUGGUGAUCACCGUGAUCUCUGUCUUCAUUGUCAUGGUGGGCAUCCUAGGCCUAGUGGGCUUCCUGAGAUACCGCCAGCACAACAGCCGCAUGGAGUUCCGGCGCCUGCAGGACCUGCCCAUGGUCCCUCUCCUUCAAUCCAGGGUUUGAAUCAAGACAGCAAGUCUCAAGGAUGACAUGAUGGAGGACACCCCUCUCUCACUCUACAGCUACUAGGCAACCAGGCUGUCCUCUGCCUGGCCGGCUGAACUUCCCAGAGGAGAAGGCCUUGAGGACUUCUUGAGGUCCCAGAUGAUCUGCUGAGGAAUGAGGGGCUGUGAUUUGCACACAACUGAAAGAUCCUUUUCAGAUGGCUUUUGGUUUUAGACAUUUUCAAUAGUUCAAUGUUGAAGUUUUUACGCUGAGAAACAGAGCCCAAGUCUGGCCCUUUCCUCCAGGUUCUCCUUGAAACCAUGCCCUGAAGAGGUGCCUCCUCCUUUUAGUGUGGUGACCAAUUAGCCAAGACAACCUUUGCCACCAUGUUCCACAUGGAGCUCUUCUGUCCAUCUUGGCGGCUGCUGCUUUCAAAGGAGGUGGGCAAGUGAUCUAUACAAGAGCUCUUAACACUGGUGGUGUCAGCACAGUGCUAGCAAAGGAGACUGCUGUUUUCUGAGGGAGCCAACAAUAUGGAAAGCAGUUGUCUUGGGCUCCUUUUUGUUCUGUAUUUUUAAGGUUGUUUGGUUUGGGUUUUUUUCUUGCACUUUUUUUGUUCCUGUUUCAACUUUAGUCCCAGGAUUGGCACAGCCCAUCCUGAAACACCUAUCAGGAGGAUGACAAACUGCUCUGCUUCCUUCCUACAUGCAUACCUUUUCUCUUUAACCAGGGAAAACAGUUUUGUGGCCACUGGAGAAGUGCCCUUGCUACUUGAUGUUGCUUUGAAGUUGCUGGGAGGAAAAUGAACAUAAUUUUAGCUUAACAGGGCCUGAUAGGAGUCAGUCUGUUGCAAUUAGACACACUAAUUUGGUCUCACCCAAAUUAGGAAACCAUGUCUCCCAUACUUGAUGCCUUCAGCAUAUGUGUAAACUCUUUGCCCAGGCUCAGUGAAUGCUUUAGUAUAUUUCUCUGCCUGGAUUGACACUUGCCUUUCCUCAGGUACCUCCCAUUUUGCUGCUAGCAUCUGGUUGCUGAAAGUUGUUGUACAAAACUAGUACUGCACUCUGCCUCCUCUGCUAUGCAAGGUCAAAGCUCCUUUACCUUCUAAUGUUGGUCUUUGUGCCAGUUGGCAUCUCAUCAUGAGGACAGAUCUUGAUGUAGGUGCCUUCCUCCCCUUCCCUUUCUAGGUGUUAGGCUGAUUAGAUUCUGCACUUUUGCCUCAAAGUAUCACUGCUGUAGACUGCAUCCAAGGCUCCCGAGUUCCCUCAAGGAAUGGACCAGAGUCUCUGAGUGUAAGUCUGAGGAUCUUUUGGUGCCCUUGCCUCAGAAAGACUGUAGUGUGCACGACAUGGAAUUGUUCAUGUAAUUAACACUUGCUCCUAUUUUCUAACUCACAUUUGACUGCAGGUAAAGAGAAACACGUACCUUCUCUAGAGUGUCUGAUUUGUGACUAAGCCAGUUGCUCCCUCAGGAUACAGAAAGGGCUAGACAGAGAUUGUCUACCACAUUGCUCUUAUAAGCUUCAGUCUAUCCUCUCAGUAGCAACACUCACUGACCCCACAAAGGACAGAUACCAGCCCUCACUAGCAAAACUACCCUUUUUUCCAGUGUUGUCAUUACUUGUCUUAGCAGGGAAAGGGGAAUUUUCCAGUCAGCAGGUCUUAAAUUAUCUGCAAAGCCCAAAGACGGAGCAGAACUGGUCUGGGUCAAAUAGAUGAACUGGGUAAGGCAGUUGCUCCUCCUUCCUGUGUUACUACUGCCUGAAGUGGCUGACAAAUGGCUGCAGUGGUUUGGGUUCUCCUGUUGGCUUUGGCCUUGCAUCUGUUUAUUGUAAGGAUGCCCAGUAAAAUAGGGAAGAGGGUUGGUUCUCUCCUACUAUUACUGCUUAAAAACUAAAGGGCAAUUGUCACAACUCCAAAGUUUUUGUAUCAAGCAUUGUCUGCGCAGAGCAAUCUCCCUAGCUACAGACAUGUUUCCCCUGCUGGAGGGCAGGGUGCUACUGGUUUUUGGCACAAAGAGAGGCAAGUUACUGGUGGAAAAUAGAACUCCAUCCUGGCUGGAACUGGUGCAGGUUGGCAGAGCUGGAAAGUGUCUCUGCACACAACGGAAAGGGCAGGGGCUGGUUGUUCUGGUUUCCCAUGCAUCACUGUCCAGGGGAAAGGGGUGAGGAAGAAAACUCACCCAACACCAAAGUGCAACUUUCUUUGUAAAAUAUGUUAAUAGUGGAUUUUUUUUUUCUGCAAUAAAGUUACAAUGCCAAAGGUGUCCUGGUCCUCAUAUUUUCAUUGCAAACAUCUAACUGAAAAGUGUUUGUAGAUCACAAUGAAUCCUGUGAUAGAUAAACAGCAGUAGUUUGGGGUAGGAAGACUCACAGACCUGAUACUGAUGAAAAUGCCAGACAGCUACAAAUCAGAGCUCUAAGGGUUCAGAAGGACACCACCCCUUGCUUGUGUUGCUUCUUGUCAGGGUCACUGCCUGUUUGGGUUGAAUGAGAUUAAUUUCUAUGUGGUCAAAUCAGUUUAAUUCUCUUUCAGAGAGCCACACUAGACCAAAUAAUCUAACAUAGACCUUUAGACUCUGUUCCUUUGCCUCUGAUUGAGGAUACCCUUAUUCUCAUCUGUUGUCAACUGUAACCCCAAACUCUAUUUACAGAAAUAUCCUGAAAGCCAGCCUAAUCCAAACCUUAGUAGCAUCAUCUGUCAUGCUUCUUUCUAUAGUACAGAAAACAAAGCAAAUUGAAAGGCACACGUGUUUUUGUGUAACUUCAUAGCUGUUUUGAACUCUUCUCUUUGGAGCUCGGACCGACACAAAGGUAAGCAUUUGUGGUUUGUUUCAAAAGCCCAGCUCUUGCUACAGAGCUGAUAAGAGUCUCUUCUGAGCUGUUACAAUACCUCAGCAAAAUCACCCAGCUUGUCAUAGACUGUGUUCUGAGAUUUUCUACUGCAAAAGCAAAGUACAGCGAGUGAAACUACUCUAUAAAAGCAAAUCUCUGGAAGAUCUAGAGCAAGGGGAGAGCAAACAAAGACUUCACAGCCUAGCGAAGUCCUUACUCUGAAUAAUCUGAAGACUUGCAAGUGAACUCUAAACCCUGUGGAAAUUUCAGUCCUGUCCCAACAUAGAACCAUACAAAACGAAAGAGCUAAGUAACAGAACAAACAUGCUACAACUAAGCCAGUCUCUUCUCAGGCCUGAAGUCAUCAUUCUAGUGGUUGAUGUCGGAGUUUCCUCUGUUCUGCUUUUUUACCACUAACCCCACUCAGAGCUGAUUCAUUCUUUGCAGAACAAACUGCUAAGAGGUAGCACAAGGCAGAUCUGCAUUAGCCAGAGAGGCAGCAGCAGGACAGGCUCGUGCAGGCAGCCAGUCUUGGGAGGCACAAAGCUGACUGCCUUUGCCCAGCCAAGUUCUGACUUCCCGGCCAGGUGAAGCAGUCUCUGAGUGGCCAGGUUUGGAGAGGGACCAUGGGCAGUUGUGUGGGCUUCAUCCAUAUGAGCAGCAAAGCAGACUGACAGAACCAGAAAACAACUGCUGCCAGUUUCUGCAUGACUCCUUGAACACAACUCUUGCUGUUGGUGAGGUUUAGUUUAAUGCCCCUUAGGCUAAGGCACAGUUAUGCUAUUAAUUAACAAGGGGAUGAGAAUCAAUCUAAUCACAUUUAAAGCUAAAUAGGAAGGAAAGAAACCCAGAUAAAAGUAGAGUUUGUGACCCACCUGUCUUCUCUGCCCUCCCCUCCUCUCUGCAGACUCAUGUUUUGAAGGGUAGGGGAUCUAAGAAGAUGAAACAUGACAGUGCUAGAGCUGCUGUGCCAAGGGCAGGGCUACCUGUGC